CAGGCACGAUCACAAUCUCUGCGGUAUUGUUCUUCACAAGCCCGCCUCCCCGUAAUGGGCUAGUCAUCAGCUACGUCGGCGGCUAGUUAGCGUUGGCGAACCGCCGUUCGGAGUGGAGGUUAAAUACAUGCCAGGCGUCCGAACCCGAGUGAGUUUCACGGACGAGCUUUAGGGUGUUUCACAUCCCGGGUCAAGACGCGAAUGCCAUGUCAGUAUAACACAUGAUGGCGCAGGGGGCGAGUGCUGGCGCAUGUGGGCCACGGCGCGAUAUAAGCACAGCCCAGGCGGUUUUUCCUCUUCCGGCUUCCGUUUUCACCCUACUAGACUUGCUCAUGGAAGCAACGGCGUUGCUUCGACGUGUCUGCGGGCACGAACCACAUUUGUAAACUCGCUCGUUCCUCCAAAACUGCCCGAAGCAACCCGCCAUGGGUUCGCACAAGCGUAGGCUCGCCGCCAUCAUCGGCAUCGGCAGCCGCUUGCCGGGCGACAUCUCGACACUCAGUGAUUUGUAUCAGAUGUUGUCACGCAAGCGGACCGGCUGGUCGGAGGUCCCCGCGGAUCGUUUCAACGCGGGCGCCUACCACCACCCUAAUCCCGACAGGAAAGGUUGCUUCAACUCACAGGGAGGCUACUUCAUCAGCGGCGACGUGUCCGAGUUCGACGCCGGCUUCUUCGACAUCACCAAGAAGGAAGUCGAGUCCAUGGACCCAGCCAUGCGGCUAUUGCUGGAGUGCGUCUACGAAGCCCUGGAGAACGGCGGCGUGCCGAAGGAGUCCAUCUCCGGGAAGAAGGUGGGCGUCUUCGUCGGAGCCAACUACUCCGAGCACCGGACCAGCAACCUGCGCGACCUCGACCACAUCCCCACCUUCGACGCGACGGGCAACCAGGGCGCCUUCCUGGCCGGCCGCGUGUCCUACUACUUCAACUUGCGAGGUCCCGCCGUCGCCGUCGACACGGCCUGCUCGUCGAGCCUGCAUGCCCUGCACCUCGCGGUCCAGAGCAUCCACGCUGGCGAGUCGGACCUGGCCAUCGUGGCCGCCUCGCACCUGCUCACGGACCCCGACAUCUGGGUCUCCAUGGGUAAGCUCCACCUCUUUUCCGACGCCGGAAAGACAUACGCUUUUGACCACCGCGCCAAGUCGGGCUACGCCAGGGGCGAGGGCGCUGCGUGCCUCAUCCUCAAGCCCCUCGCGAGCGCCGAGGCGGAUAAUGACUACAUUUACGCCGUAAUCACGCACACAGGGCUCAGCCACAACGGCCGUACCGUCGGUAUCGCCGCCCCGAGCCCGGAAGAGCAGGAGCGGCUGCUCCGCAAGGUCUUCGCCGAGGCCAGGAUCGACCCGCGCGAGAUCGGCUUCUUCGAGGCCCACGGGACGGGCACCAAGAAGGGCGAUCCCAUCGAGGCAAGGGCCAUUUACCGAGCCGUCAGCCACCUGUUCGACCCCGAGGACCCGCUCCACAUCGGAUCGGUCAAGCCGAACGUCGGCCACCUCGAGUGCGCCAGCGGCCUCGUGUCGGUCAUCAAGGCCGCCUUGAUCCUGUCGUACCGGUUCAUCCUGCCCAACGCCGACUUUGAGCGCGCCAACGAGAGCAUUCCGCUCAGCCAGUGGAACAUGAAGGUGGCGACCGCCCAGCGGCCGUGGCCGCCCAAACGCAAGUACGUGUGCGUCAACAACUUCGGCUUCAGCGGGUCCAACUCGAUGGCCGUGCUCAGCGCCGCCCCCAAGCCGAAAGGGUACGAGGUAUCCGAGAAGAGCCGCGAGAGCCCCCUGAGGCUCUACGUCCUCUCCGCCGCCGACGAGACGGCCCUGCGGAACACCAUCAGCAGGCUCAGCGUCUGGAUCGAGCGGCACGCCGAGCUGUAUCAGUCGACGCUGCCCAAGAACUUGGCCUACACGCUGUGCCAGCGCCGGUCGCACCUCCCGUGGAGGGUGGCCGUCGUGGCUGACAUGUGCGGCGGCGUCGCCGCCGCCCUGAACAGCCGCGACACGACCAUGGCACGCGCCCCGAGCGACCCGCCCCGCCUCGCCUUCGUCUACACCGGACAGGGAGCCCAGUGGUGGGCCAUGGGCCGCGAGCUGCUGCGCACCCACCCCGUGUUCCUCGAUUCCAUCCUGCGAGCCGACGAAGCGCUGUGGCCCAUCGCCGACUUCUCCAUCUACACUGAGCUCACCCGGGACCGUGAGGAGUCCCGGGUCGGACUGGCCCACAUCAGCCAGCCCCUCUGCACGGCCGUGCAGCUGGCCUUGACAGACCUGCUCCAUUCAUUCGGCAUCCAGCCGAUUGCCGUCACGGGUCAUUCCAGCGGCGAGAUCGCGGCGGCCUACGCGGCCGGUGCCCUGGGGUUCAAGGCGGCCAUCUCUGCAGCCUUCUACAGAGGCAGGAUGAUCACCGAGCUGAAGGCGCGGCACCCCACUCUCCGGGGUUCCAUGAUGGCCGUCGGGGCCGGUGCCAGCGACUUGGCGCCGGUGCUCGCAACGGUGACGGACGCCUGCGUCGUCGUGGCUUGUGAGAAUUCGCCGUCCUCGUGCACACUCUCCGGCGACGAAGCCGCCCUCGACCGUGUGGCGGUGAUCAUGCAGCAGAGGGGCAUCUUCUACCGCAAGCUCUUCGUCGACGUGGCUUACCACUCCCCGCAUAUCCAACUGAUCGCCGAAUCGUAUCUCCGCCGCGUCGGCCACAUCCACCCCCUCAUCGAAAGGGGGGCCGCCCCCGUCCAGUUCUUCUCCUCGCUGUACGGCCGCAGGGUCGCCUUCAAGGAGCUCGGCGCACGGUACUGGGUCGACAAUCUCACGCAGGCGGUCCGCUUCUCGACGGCACUCCAGGGCCUCUGCAUCGAGCACAAGCCCGACAUUCUCAUCGAGGUCGGGCCCCACGCCGCGCUCCAGGGCCCCAUCAAGCAGAUCCUGCAAGCGAUGGGCAUCGCCGGGAAGACCACGUACCUGCCGACCUUGAUCCGCGACCAGGACGCGACACGCACCUGUCUCGAGACGGCCGGCCAGCUGUUCGUGCGCGGACACCCGCUCAACUUUUACGAGGUCAACCACCAUCACGAGGAGAACGAAUCGCCUCAGCUGAUCCCGUCGCCGUACACGUACCCCUGGACGCGGCAGAAGUACUGGUACGAGUCGCGCGUCAGCCGCCUGCACCGGCUCAAGCCGUUCGCGCGCCACGACCUGCUGGGCACCAUGGCCGACUGGUCCAGCGACCUGGAGCCGACAUGGCGGAACGUCUUCACCACGGCCGACCUGCCCUGGCUCAGGUGGUGCCGGGUGCAGUCGCGCAUGGUGUUCCCCGCCGGCGGCUUCGUCUCGAUGGUCAUCGAGGCCGCGACGCAGAUGGCAGCCCUGAAGGGGACGCACGCCGCCCAGUUCGACAUCUGGAACCUGAAGAUCGCCGAGAAUCUCUUCGUCGACGACGAUCGCGAGUACGAGCUCGUGUUGACCACGCGCUCCUCCAGCUGGCCAAACACGGACGGCAGCUACGACUUCCACAUUUCCUCCCACGAAUGCAGCCGCGGGUGGAUGAGCCACUGCACCGGCACUCUGGUGGCCGCGCCCCGUCGCACGCCGUGCGCCAAGGCUGCGGUCGCCCGGGCGGCGCAAGCAACGAGCGCGAGGGCCCGCCGACGCAUGCUCUUUCGCUCGGCGGCCAUGCGCGCCCACAAGAUCUACGUCAGUCCCGGUGACUGGCGCGGACCCCACGCCGUGCCUUUCCGCGCGACCCUGGCGGGCGUCUACCAGCGCCUCGUUGCAGCGGGCAUGGUCUACCCAUUUUCGUUCCAGUCGUUCGUCGCCGUCGAGGUGGAUGAGAGUGAAGCGAGCGGCCAGCUCCUCGUCCAAGACGGGGCCCCGGAGAUGCCGAUGAGCCACGAGGCUCGGUACGAGCUCCGUCCGUCCGUGGUAGAAGCCAUGUUCCAGCUUCCCGUGUUCAGCUACCAGCUGGAUGCCUGGGGCAAGACGACGGUGCCCUACCUUCCCUCCUUCAUCCGCCACAUGACCGUACACUCGUCGUUGGCCAAGGCUUUUCGCGCGGGCGAGUCGGCUGCGGCGCGCGCCACGCCGGAGCCGGAACCCGGCAGCUUCAUGGUCGAGCUCUGGAAGGCCACAGACACCACCGACCCGGCCGCCAUUUGCAUGUCCGGUCUGAAAUUCGCGGCGCUCGAGCCGAGCCGCCCGGAGAUCCCCAUGCCGCGCGAGCUGUGCUACAAGGCCAGCUGGAGCUACCUCGUGGACUGCAUCCCCGACGGUACCGCGGAGCUGUGCCACAACCCCAGCCGCAGGAUCGUGCUCGUCGUCCGGGACAUGCUUCAGGCCAAAGACCCGCUCGUCGUGGCACUCUCAAGCCUACUCAAGAGCAAGACCGGUGUGGCACCAAAGGUCCGCCAUCUCGGGGAGAUCCUGGUCUGGUCCCCUUUUUUCUUCAUCGUCCUCUCCGAAGUCUGGACGCCCGUGCUGGCCUCCAUGGGCGAGGAAAUAUUCUACCGCGUCAAGGCCCUGCUGUCACAGGCUCCCGGCCUUCUGUGGGUGACGAAAGGCGCCACGCGAUUCCCGACAUGCCCCAAGGCCAGCCUGGCCAGCGGCCUGCUGCGCACCGUGCGCUCGGAGCGGUGCAUCGUCGCGGCCACGCUGGACUUGGAUCCGGACUCGUGGCUCGACGCGGCCGCGCAGGCGGCCUUGAUCUGGGAAGCCUUCGCCACGUCGGUGCUGUCGGAGGGCCCAGGCCCCACCGAGAUGGAGUUCGCCGAGGCCGACGGCACCCUCACCGUGCCGAGAAUCGUGCCCGACAAGCAGGCUAACGUCGAAGUCCAGCGCAAUCUGGGCGAGUCGGCACCGUACUGGCAGAACUUCCAUCAGCCCGGGCGCCCGCUCAGCCUCGCGCCCCAGCGCGGCGGCAGCGGCUCGUCCGGCGGCAACGAGGAAGUCUACUUCGAGGACGCCCCGAAGACGCCGCUGGGGGAGGACGAAGUGGAGAUCGCCGUGACCGCGUGCACGCUCUCGGCGGAAGACGUCGCAGCCGGAAACACCGGGCGCGUGACGCGCGGUUGCUGCGGAAGGGUCACGCGAGUCGGCCGCUCCGCCAUCAUGUAUUGGCCAGGGGACCGGGUCCUCGCCCUCGUUGAGGGUCGCUUUAGUUCGCGCGUCCGCGCGAAACUCGGAAACUUUAUAUGCUUGCCCCGCUGGAUCACCAGGGAGCAAGCAGCAAGCAUCCCGGACGCCGUGAUACCCGCGAUUUACGCCCUCGAGCACUUGAUAGACAUCCAUCCAAAGGAGCGCGUGCUGAUUGAUAUGUCCGGACCCAUCGGACUCGCGGCGAUCCAGGUGACGAGAGCGCGAGGCGCCAUCCCGUUGGUGCUGAUCCGAAACAAGGAGCAGGCCAGAGCGGCGCAACGCGCCGGCGUGCCAGACCACCGGAUCUUGGACGCGCGCAGCGCGUACCUCCGGAAGCAUGUGCACGCGGCCACGCGUGGCAGGGGCGCAGACGCCGCGCUGGUUCUGGCCGGCCCAAACACGGCAGUGGCUGUCAAGUGUCUGGCUGACUUUGGGCGGCUCGUCGAGAUCCGGCGGGGUUCGCACCCGCGCACGCGCGUGGAGCUCGGCAGCGUCAAUGCCGCCUUCGCCUCGGUGGAUAUGUACGACUUGGCGACGCAGCAGCCCGAGAGCAUGCAGCGGACGCUGAUGGCAACCAUCGAGAACAUGAGAUUCGGCCUCCUCGACCCGCUGCCCGCCAAGAAGGUCGUGCCGGUGUCGAAGCUGGCACGCGGCCUUCGGCUGGUCCGCAAAGGUGCUGUGGAGCCGGUGGUGGUCCGCGUUGAUGGCAGGGGACGGGUGAAGGCAGUGCACCGCCGACCGAAGUCGGUGUUCCGGAGUGAUGCGACCCACAUCGUCGUCGGCGGGACAGGCGGUCUCGGCAGAUCGGUAGCCAAGUACAUGAUGGAGAACGGCGCCCGCCACAUCGUGCUGGUGUCAAGAAGCGGCCUUCACAGCGGAGUGGUGGAAGCACUCAAGCCCGAGACGGAACGUUACCGGGCCAUGUUAACAGUGAUGAAGUGUGAUGUGGCCGACAUGCGCCAGGUCACCGAGUUUGUCGAGGACUGCCGACGCCAUCUUCCUCCAAUUUGCGGCGUGGUACAUGCUGCGAUGGUGCUUCGGGACACACUGCUCGACAACUUGACGUACGAUGACUACCGGCGGGUCAUCCGGCCCAAGGUGGACGGAGCGUGGAACAUGCACAUGGCACUUGAGGCGAGAUAUGUGCCGCUGGAGUACUUCGUCGUCUUCUCCUCGACGGCCGGGAUCAUCGGCAGCCGCGGCCAAGGAGCGUACGCAGCGGCCAACGCAUUCCUCGACGCGCUGAUCCAGCACCGCGUGCGCAUCGGGCUCCCGGGCGCCGCGCUCGAUCUGACGGCAGUGACCAACGCCGGCUACCUGGCGGAGAACAAGGGGCGGCAGGAGAGCGUGUUCCGCAAUUUUGGCCACGAGACGAUCAGCGAGAGGGAGGUGCUCGCGCUGCUGUCGGCGGCGGUCCGGGGGGUCGGCGGCCCGCAGUACCUCACCGGCCUGAAGCUGCGGCCGGCGUGCGACGGAGACUGGCCCUACUACGCCGCCCACGACCGGCGGUUCGACAUGCUCAAGGCGGCAAGCCUUGCCCAGGCCAAGGACGGGAGCGAGGCGUUCAACGCGCCCAUGCCGACUGGGCAAGCGUUCCAGGAGGCGGGUUCGGAGGAGGAGGCCACCAGCGUGGCGGCUCAGGGUCUCAUCAAGAAGCUGUCGGACGUGCUGUCCAUCUCGCCCGACGAUCUGGACGUGGCGAGGGACAUCACGGCGUUCGGCCUAGACUCGCUAACGGCUAUUGAGAUCCGCAAUUGGGUGUCCAAGGAGUACCGCGUCACCCUAGAGAUUAUGCAACUGUUGUCGAGCGGCACCCUCAUGGACCUCGCAGCGAGCAUUAUUGGGCCGCUGGUCGGCUGGCCAGUCGCGCUAGGAGGUAACUUUGGUGGCGGUAGAGCAGCCAUCAAACAGAACGAGACCCUCUGCAAGGUGGGCCCGGGUGGCCGACCGCUGGCGACUGCGGGGCUGGGCCCCGCGAACUUCAUUUUCGUCCUGUUCCUUACCCACGGCACCUACCUAAGGUACCAGGGCACUGCGCUGGAAAGUCGAGAGAGAUCCUGGGACCGGGAGCAGGCAAGCCGAGACAUGUUGCUGGCCUACAUGCAUGCCAUGCAUGCAGCUGCCCCAAGAGCGGCUUAA